GUAUAAAAGCCCUCCCACUCUCCGUUCGCCUCUAGUCUCCAAAGGCUCCCAGGCGUUGUUGCUAUGUCUUCUAAGUCGUCUAUGGUUCUAGGUUACUGGGAUAUUCGCGGGUUGGCGCACGCCAUCCGUCUGCUCCUGGAGUUCACUGAUACAGCUUAUGAGGAGAAACGGUAUACGUGCGGGGAAGCUCCUGACUAUGAUCGAAGCCAAUGGCUGGAUGUGAAAUUCAAGCUAGGCCUGGACUUUCCUAAUCUGCCCUACCUCAUGGAUGGGAAGAACAAGAUCACCCAGAGCAAUGCCAUCUUGCGCUACAUUGCUCGCAAGCAUAACAUGUGCGGUGAGACUGAAGAAGAAAAGAUUCGAGUGGACAUUGUGGAAAACCAAGUUAUGGAUUUCCGCACACAAUUGAUACGGCUCUGUUACAGCUCUGACCAUGAAAAACUAAAGCCUCAAUACUUGGAACAGCUACCUGGACAACUGAAACUAUUCUCCUUGUUCCUAGGGAAAUACUCAUGGUUUGCAGGGGACAAGCUCACCUUUGUGGAUUUUCUCACCUAUGAUGUCUUAGAUCAGAACCGUAUGUUUGAACCCAAGUGCUUGGAAGAAUUCCCAAAUUUGAAGGCUUUCAUGUGCCGUUUUGAGGCUUUGGAGAAAAUCGCUGCCUACAUGCAAUCAGACCGCUUCUUCAAGAUGCCAAUCAACAACAAGAUGGCCCAGUGGGGCAACAGGUGCAUAUGUUGAGCAAGAGGCAGGCUUGCAGUACCUGUUUGGUUCUAUCCCGUCCCUAGGAGACCUGCAUUCUAUCUUCUUUACUUUCUUCAAUAAAUAGUACUUA